CUUGUCGACAAAAUAAUUUGUACUAUUAAUGUUCCUUUAUUCUCGUGACUAUGAAUCAACACUAGUAUAGUCUCCUCACAUAAUUGAUCUUUGUACAACUUCGAAAUUCACUGCCCUGAGCUAAUGGCUAUCAUAAUAUCAAUUAUUUUUAUCCUCCAAAUAUUUUUGCUAAAUUGUCUAGUCCUUGCUAGUCCAAUUCGAGGCCAAAGUAGAGAAGCUUUGGAGAUAAUCAUCGGCGGAGGUGGUGGUAAUUCUCCAUCACCAUCUCCACCGGAUAAUCAAGAUUGUCCACCUCCCCCUCCUCCACCAGAACCUCCUUGCCCUCCGCCACCAUCGCCACCAUUGCUCCUCUUUGAAAGUAAACGUGUAGAGAUUGCCUAUCAUGUCAUCCAAAAGUUUAAGGCCAAAAUCACACAUGACCCUUUUGGUAUUAAAAACACAUGGGUUGGCUCUGAUGUUUGUAACAAGUACAAAGGUUUUCGUUGUGCGAAGGUUCCUGACUUAAAGGUUCAAGCACUAGCUGCUGUGGAGUUCAACCAGUACAACUUUGAUGGCCCUGACCUUACUCUUGAUGGCUUUCUUGAUGAAUUACCAGACAUAACAAUCUUCCAUGCAAAUUCCAACAAGUUUAAAGGCACAAUCCCCAAGAAAAUCUCGACUCUUCGUUACCUCUAUGAGCUAGACCUUAGCAACAACAAUUAUAAUGGUGAAUUCCCAUAUAAUGUUCUUGGUGCCAAGAACUUGUAUUUCUUGGACCUUAGGUUCAAUACAUUUUCCGGGUUGGUUCCCCCUCAAGUUUUCUUGCUAAAUCUUGAUGUUCUGUUCAUUAACAACAACAAUUUAAUGCAGAAACUUCCUGAUAACUUGGGAUCAACUCCAGUUCUUUACUUAACUUUAGCCAACAACAAAUUUACUGGUCCAAUUCCUCGUAGCAUUGGUCAAACUUGUAAAACAUUGCUCGGUGUUCUGUUCUUGAACAACCAGCUCACUGGAUGCUUGCCGUAUGAAAUUGGUCUUUUAAAUAAGGCCACAGUUUUUGAUGCGAGUAAAAAUCAGUUAACAGGGAAAAUACCUCAUUCAUUUGGAUGCUUGGCUAAGAUGCAAAUACUGAACUUGGCACAAAAUCAAUUUUAUGGACCUGUGCCUGAACUGGUGUGCAAGCUAUCCAAUUUGCAGAAUUUGUCGUUGACAUACAAUUACUUCACUGAAAUUGGGCCAGAAUGCAAGAAACUAAUUCAGAAAAAGGUUCUUGAUGUGAGGAUGAACUGCAUUCCAGGAUUGCCGAUGCAAAGAUCAGCAGGGGAAUGUGCUGCAUUUUUCUGUAAGCCUAGAUCAUGUCCUGAUGAAAAGUCAUUGGGAUUGGUUCCAUGUAGCAUUGGCAAAUUUGAGCAGAAUCAACAGAACGCAAAUGAGGUGGUAGCGGCAGCUCAUGCGCCAAGAACUUACAGUGCUUUGAAACCGCAUUCCUUGUAAAUGCCCUUGUUUUUCCAUGUUUGCAUAUUGAACUAUAGCAGAAGUAAAUGUAAAUUUGCCAAGUUUCCUUAUCUUUAUUGAUGCAUACAUAUUUUGUUGGAAUAAUAAUGAAAUAAUUACAUA